AGCUUUUCCACCUGCCGCACCCACUCCCAAAUCUAUUGACUGAUCCUAUCCCCCAAGAACGGUAACACAGGAACUGUCCUCUGAGACUCUGGAUGACUUUAUUCUUCAAAUGGCUUUACACUUCCAAUAGUUCCAGAGACCUGGGGCCAGCUCUCCUUACAGAUCCCAAGACUCCUCCUGUGAUCUCAAGGAGUCAAUGAAAGAAAGCAUCUCUUAUCCUGAGGGACCCUCCAUUCCCCAUAUCCUGGAAAAUGUGAUGAGCUACAGGUAUCAGCUUCUAGAUCACCACUUUAACGUUCUAGCUACAAGUACUCGAGCAGAAGAUCCAGGGGCAGCGAGGUCCAUCAGGAAGAUGUCUAAAGAAAUGGCAGACCAAAGAGAAGAAGGAGCAGCUGGGGAAAGAGUGGCAUGCAGAGAUCAGAUCAAAGAAUCGGGCAAAGACGAGGAACCACCAGCUGCUUCAUCCCAUGGCCAGGGGUGGCGUCCAGGUGGCAGAGCACCUAGGAACUCAAGGCCUGAACCCGGGGCCAGACCCCCUGCACUCCCCAUCAUGGUCAAUGACCCACCAGUACCUGCCUUACUGUGGGCCCAGGAGAUGGGCCACGUCCUGGCAGGCCGUGCCCGCAAGCUGCUCCUGCAGUUCGGGGUGCUCUUCUGUACCAUCCUGCUCCUGCUCUGGGUGUCUGUCUUCCUCUAUGGCUCCUUCUACUAUUCCUACAUGCCGACAGUCAGCCACCUCAGCCCCGUGCAUUUCUACUACAGGACCGACUGUGAUUCCUCCGCCUCCUUACUCUGCUCCUUCCCUGUUGCCAAUGUCUCACUGGCUAAGGGUGGACGUGAUCGGGUGCUGAUGUAUGGACAGCCGUACCGCGUUACCUUAGAGCUUGAGCUGCCAGAGUCUCCUGUGAAUCAAGAUUUGGGCAUGUUCUUGGUCACCAUUUCAUGCUACACCAGAGGCGGCCGAAUCAUCUCCACCUCUUCACGCUCCGUGAUGCUGCAUUACCGUUCAAACCUGCUCCAGAUGCUUGACACACUGGUCUUCUCUAGCCUCCUGCUGUUUGGCUUUGCAGAGCAGAAGCAGGUCCUGGAGGUGGAGCUGUACCCAGAAUACAGGGAGAACUCGUAUGUGCCGACCACCGGAGCCGUCAUCGAGAUCCACAGCAAGCGCGUCCAGCUGUACGGAGCCUACCUCCGCAUCCACGCCCACUUCACUGGGCUCAGGUACCUGCUGUACAACUUCCCGAUGACCUGCGCUUUCGUUGGUGUCGCCAGCAACUUCACCUUCCUCAGCGUCAUCGUGCUUUUCAGCUACAUGCAGUGGGUGUGGCGGGGCAUCUGGCCCCGACACCGCCUCUCUCUGCAGGUAAACAUCCGAAACAGAGACAGGUCCCACAAGGAAGUCCAGCGGAGGAUCUCUGCCCAUCAGCCAGGGCCCCAAGGCCAGGAGGAGUCCCCUCAGCUGUCACCCAUUACAGAGGAUAGUGAGAGCCGUGCAGAUCCCUCGGAGCCAGAAGGCCAGCUGUCUGAGGAGGAGAAACCAGAUCAACAGCCCCUGAGUGGCGAGGAGGAGCUAGAGCCCGAGGCCAGUGACGGUGAGGGGCACUCUGCAGCGGGACCUGGGUGGACUGGGGUUGGCCUGUGGCUAGGGAGAAGGCCACGUUGGGUUGGGUAGGGGCAGGAGCCCCUGGUCUGGAAUUUCCCAUUUGGGAUUUCGUUUCUCCUUCCCCUGGCCCAGGUUCAGGCUCCUGGGAAGAUGCAGCUCUGCUGACGGAGGCCAACCUGCCUGUUUCUGCCCCUGCCCUUGCCCCGGAAACCGUGGGCAGCUCUGAACCCUCCACAGGCACUGUCCGACAGCGCCCCAUUUGCUCUAGUUCCUGAAGAGAAUAGGGCAGAGUUCCCACACUCCAGCCCUCUCCCCCCCCCCAUCCCUUUCCCUUUCCGGGGCUCCCCCAAUAAACUCUUUUCAUGCCA